AUGGAUGGAGUGCAGUCGUGCUGCAGUGGCACACUCACUGACUGUGUUGAGCUGAUGUGUGCGGAUAAGACUCUUCUUCAGAAUAAUUCUGUUUCUCUCUUAAGGUAUCCAAGUCCACCCAUGGGUUCUGUCUCAGCACCCAACUUGUCUGCAGCAGAAGAAAAUGUGGAGUAUGUACGGACUCUCUAUGACUUUCCUGGGAAUGAUGCUGAAGACCUACCCUUUAAGAAGGGUGAGAUUCUAGUGAUAAUAGAAAAGCCUGAAGAACAGUGGUGGAGUGCUCGGAACAAGGAUGGCCGGGUUGGAAUGAUUCCUGUCCCUUACGUUGAAAAGCUUGUGAGGUCCUCACCACAUGGAAAGCAUGGAAAUAGGAAUUCUAACAGUUAUGGCAUCCCAGAACCUGCUCACGCGUACGCUCAACCUCAGACCACAACUCCUCUACCUACAGUUGCCAGUACUCCUGGGGCAGCCAUCAACCCUUUGCCAUCCACACAGAAUGGACCUGUCUUUGCAAAAGCAAUCCAGAAGAGAGUACCGUGUGCUUAUGACAAGACCGCCUUGGCACUGGAGGUAAACCUUAUCAAGACUGGCCUUUGCAGAGCAUGGGUUUCAUUUUUAAUUUGAAGUUAGCUAUCCAUUUAAAGUGACUUGUGUUCUUGGGAAUUAGACGGGGGUUCAGAGGAUGCACUAUUAAUGUCUUGUCCUUGCCUAGUCGUCAUUUCAGUCCAGGUACCCAGCCUGCUUGUUCUCCUUUCUGCUCCCAAAGCCUCAUAGGUAGUUGGUUUUCUUUCCAGCAGGGAAAAUGAUAAUUAGAAAGACCCAUUACCUAUGAGCAAAAUUAGCAUUCAGAGGUACAGUAAUACUUGUAUAAAUCCAUAUCUCCAACAUUGUAAUUAAGGAGCAAUACAAAUAAAAUGUCUUAAAAUUUAGCUAGGUAGAGAAAUGAGUUUAAAAUAUAUUGGCCCUUGCUUGUUACAGAUUCUGUAGAUGUAUGAAAUAGAACUUGAACUGUCACUGUCAUUUUGGUUUUUGGGGACAGGAUUUCUCUGUGUAGUCCUGGUGGUCCUGGAACUUGUUCUG